UAAUGAUGUCUGGCCACAAAGCCAAACUCAAUUCUAAAUGUGGACACAAUACUUUGGCAACUAACUAUUACUAUUUUAUUUCAGUUGUUCAAAUCUUGUCACAGCGCUACAUCGCUGCAAUCACCCUGCUCCCUGUAACCCCUUUAUUAUACAAACCCACCCCCAAACCAUUCCAUUUUGAGUAAACAACCUGUGAUAAUAGUGACGAAAUGGGGCUAUUACUAUCUGUUAUAAUUUCCUACGCUGGAGUCCUAGAAGCUAUUGAGACAAUAAAACACAUAAUGAGUGGAAUGGUACCAGAUACCGACCCAGAUUUUCGAGAUCUCGUCGAGUAUUAUUCUGUACAACUUCGCAAAACUGCAAAUCCAUCUUCGGUAGCUGAUUGGACUAUGGAAUGCGGUCAAGGAUAUCUCUGUCUGCAAGAUGAUGAAAAUAAUAAUUUAAAAUCAGCAGUCAUCAAAUAUUACAACGGACAGUCUGACUCAACAGCUAUACUGUUCUCUACCAAAAUCUCCAGCUUUGGACAAGACUCCGUCGAGGAGAAUAGUAUCUCUCAAGCGAAUGGUGACUACAAACCCGAAAGGUACAUACCGACAAAAACUAAAACAAUCAUAUCGACAACGUCUGAAUCGUUCAAUGUUGGAAUGAGAAACAGAUCACCAACGCCUAUUGAAAACGUUUCAGAUCCAAAUCAUUAUUCGGCAAAUUCUUUCGGGCAUGAAGAUGACGCUGAAAGUGCUGAAGCUAAAGAUAAAUUAACUUGGCAUUACCGCCCUCUAAGCCCCACCCCGCAAACGCAAACACUACCUGAAAUACAUUUCCAAUCUUUCGAUGAAAACGAAAAAGGAGUUUACAGCGAAGACUUUCUAAGGUUAAUAUUCUCUGAUUUAGAAAUGUAUCAUUCACCUGUAGAGUCACACAAACACCGAUCAGUUGUGACUUAGCACCCAUCCAUCACGUGUUGUACUGAACUUCAUUAAUUGUCACCGCUGCACGAGUAGAGAGCUAAUUCCGAAAUCAUUGCUUCAUCUGUACUAUAAACAACUCAUUUAUUGUAAAUUUGUUUAAGAUCACUUGAUGGAAUUAAGUUUCGACCGUUACAACGAAGCGACCCGAGUGGCAGGCGCAGAAGUUUCAAAAAGCGACACUCUUCUUCGUCGAACUCUUCUAGAGAGUCGCGAGCGUCGCGCGAGGAAGAGCUUAAGAUGUUUACGUCACUCGAGGAAGCUGAAUUUGAGCGUAUGAAUAAGGAUAAUAGUACCGGCGAUUUCGGAAGCACUCCUAAUCUAGCGGCGCGUUCUCAUUCCAGAAGUCGUUCCCGGGAAAAUUCC